GUUAUAUCCAGGAUAGAGGGAAGGAAAAUUAUUCUGAGAGAUAGGAGCAGGUUUCAUCAGUUCAAAGAAGGAUUCUGCUCAUGCAAAGACUACUGGUAGAUUAUAUAGUAUUUCAUGGGCAGAGAAGGAAAGGCAGUUUCACCGCUUCGGAGUUGGGUUCUGUACUUUGUGGUUGCACUCCCUCUGGAAGUCCAAGGCAGCCUCUGCUGAAUUUUGCUUUGGAAAGAGAUUCUGACCACUCUCCUGCUUAUUAUUUCGAUCUGGAAAUCGUUUCUUCGAUUGCUCCUGCAAUGGCUCUGGCACUGAACCAUCCCAUCUCUGUCGGCGUUAAAGAAAAAUUUCGGAGUUGUGAUGGACCUUACCAGCGGGGGAAAAGGGUUUCAACCAUCGUUUGCGUGGAUGUGGGAACUGCUUCCAUAUGCAUUCCCGCCGCUCCGAUAGUUAUUCCGGAAGGACCCUGGAAGCAGAUACCAGGUGGUGUUACUGCUGCAAAAGGAUUCAAAGCUGCAGGACUGUAUGGCGGUUUACGUGCAAAAGGAGAAAAGCCUGAUUUGGCUCUAGUAACAUGUGAUGUUGAUGCCAUUGUAGCAGGGGUAUUCACUAAGAACAUUGUUGCUGCUGCACCAGUUAUCUACUGCAGAAAUGUACUAAAAAAUUCAAAUACGGCACGAGCAAUAUUGAUUAAUGCUGGUCAAGCGAAUGCUGCAACCGGCAAUCCAGGUUAUCAGGAUGCAGUAGAAUGUGCACAUUCAGUUGCCCAGUUUCUUCAGGUGAGACAAGAAGAUGUAAUGAUCCAAUCAACUGGUGUUAUUGGUCAAAGAAUUAAAAAGGAAGCUCUUUUAAAUUCACUUCCCAGACUGGUUAAUUCCCUAUCAUCAACAGUUGAAGGGGCAGAUGCUGCAGCUGUUGCUAUCACCACCACUGAUCUUGUCAGCAAAAGUGUUGCCAUAGAGGCUGAGGUUGGAGGAGCACAUGUAAAAGUUGGGGGAAUGACCAAAGGUUCAGGAAUGAUUCACCCAAACAUGGCAACUAUGCUCGGUGUUGUAACAACUGAUGCUCCGGUCACCAGUGAUUUAUGGAGAGAGAUGGUCCGAAUAUCAGCAAACAGAAGUUUCAACCAGAUCAGUGUAGAUGGAGAUACGAGUACCAAUGAUUGUAUCAUUGCUUUGGCCAGUGGAUUAGCUGGUCCAGUCAAGAUAUCUUCAUUUAAUAGCAUAGAGGGAUGUCAACUUCAAGCGUGCCUUGAUGCGGUUAUGCAAGGCCUUGCAAAAUCAGUGGCUUGGGAUGGUGAGGGAGCAACAUGCUUGCUUGAGGUGGUUGUUUUUGGUGCCAAUAAUGAGGCAGAAGCUGCAAAGAUUGCUCGGACAGUGGCAUCUUCUUCACUUGUAAAAGCAGCUGUCUAUGGAAGGGAUCCUAAUUGGGGUCGCAUAGCAUGUGCUGUUGGCUAUGCUGGCAUUGAUUUUGACCUUAAUGAUCUUCACUUAUCAUUGGGAGAUAUUCCUCUCAUGCGCAGUGGCCAGCCACUUCCGUUUGAUAGGGUCGAAGCCAGCACUUAUCUGAAACAGGCUGGAGAGUCUCACGGCACUGUAAAGAUCCACAUUUCUAUAGGCAAUGGAAGAGGGUGCGGAAAGGCUUGGGGAUGCGAUUUGAGUUAUGAUUAUGUUAAAAUAAACGCUGAAUAUACUACUUGAUGCUUAAGAGACAAGUCAUGCUAUUCACCUAAGGUGUGCAAAUCUUUCAUGAGUGUAGGAUUUGUCGUUUUGACAUUCUUGGAAUUAAGUUUUUUUUUAUGUAUUUUAUUUUUUAAAAAAAGGGAAAUGUACACUUAAGACGUCCUGGAAUCCAUUUUCUACUUAUUUUGUGUGUUUAUUUGUAUCAUGUACUGUACCAAAAAUUUUGUAGUGUACUUUUGAGAUCUGAAUGCUUUAUGCUCUCUGCAAUUGGAAAAAUUAUUACGUUCAUACUUCAAACA